AUGCCAUGCCUUGGCAGGGAGAACACAAAACGGGAGACCACCCUGGCCGCGCCGCCUCCGGCACGACUUCGCUCGACGAUACGGUAUAAGCGCUCACUCAGUGCACGGGUGACAAUGCGGAGCCCAUGGGAGUCGAAUCGUGAACCCAAGCCGGCUGAGCUGUCCAAGCCACAAGCUCGAUCAGCAUCGCGUCCCUGGGCCCGUACCAACGACCACGAUAGUCAAGAAGAGCGCCAACGGCUGCUGCGCGAUCCGGAGUCUUGCCGCCGGCAACCGUCUUUGCCAUCCGGACUGGCCCGCCCGCCCUUGCGUCGCGAGAUUGGUUUCGGUUUCAUCACGCGACGGACCUCGUUCCUGUCCGCACAGACGACCGCCGCCGCCGCCGCCGCCGCCUCUGCACCGCCCACAGCCGUGCCUGGAUUUGCCAGCGAUGAGCGAGGGGUGGCCACGUCAGCGUGCCACGUCAGCGCAAGCCGUCAAGCGCUCAGUCGAGCACAAGUUGGGACUGCGUUCUACGUUUUGCAUCCACUCCUCCCAUCCAUCCUCAUCUCGCCACCAAAGCCACCGUCGCAUCGCAAUCGAUCCACCGUAGCCAGGCAAGCCCAGCAGUGGCCCCUGUGCCUUGCACUUCCCUCGCAUACAAGCCGCUUCAGCAGCAGUCCAGUCAACAGCAGCGGUACGCCCCGACUCAGCAUCAGCGAUACACCCCGACUCAGCAGCAGCGGCCACGGCAGCACAGGCACCUUCUCUAGUGUCUUCGUCCUCCAGCGCCAUAGAGAGUCUGUCACUUCGACCUCUACUCGAGCUGCGCACCAAAGUGGCAGAGACAAGAAAGUCAAGGAGCGCACCAGCCAUCAGGUCGCCCCUCCCCACUUCGAGAAACCACCUCUUGCAAACCUUCCUCGCAAACCACGGCAGGCUCGACCGCUUCAGGCUCAGGUUGUGCCAGACUCCAUUGAAUACGGCGAGCAACUUCGCACCGGCGUGGGAUCGCUACCGGACUUCAUCGAUUCCUCUACCUCACUACGGUUUCGCUUCUCGCGAGUCACCAAGGCUGCCACUCGGCCGGCACUCGUCAAGAAGGGCUGUCCCAUGUCAAGCGCCAAAGUCUACGUCUGCUGUGGUGCCCACCAGCAAUGA